GUUAGUUGUCUCACUCUCUUUCUCUCUCCUAUUGAUUGGAAUCUUUACAAUAAGCUCUACGCUCUCUUUUACUUCAUUUCGUUUAGUGAAAUUCUGAGAUUCUUGAGGCCAUCUCUUUGCAUCAACCUUAAUGAAUUGUUGCAAUUUGACAUUGUUGGCGCUAAAAAAAGAAAAAAAGAGAAGUGAUAGAAUAGAGUAUGAGGCCAGCAGCAGUUAUUGUUUUCCUUCUGUUGCCAGUGGGGCUUUUCUUGACAAUGACAUCACACGACAUGGUAAAUGGCCCUCGAAAACAGAUUGAUCCCGUAAUUCGUAUUCCCCAUGUAACGAAGAGUAAUUACGAGAAAACUUAUCACAUUGCCAUGACUGCCUCAGACACACCUUACAGUAAAUGGCAGAGCCGUAUUAUGUAUUAUUGGUUUAAGAAGAAGAAACAACUUCCCAUGGGUAAUUUUACAAGAAUUCUUCAUUCGGGAGAGCCCGACAAUCUCAUGGACGAGAUACCAACAUUCGUAGUUGAUCCUCUUCCUCCAGGUUAUGAUAUGGGUUAUGUUGUCUUAAACAGGCCUUGGGCCUUCAUUCAGUGGCUGAAGUUGUCCAAAAUUGAAGAAGAAUAUAUAUUGAUGGCCGAACCCGACCACAUAUUUCUAAAGCCGCUGCCUAAUUUGGCGUAUGAAGACUAUCCUGCCGGAUACCCGUUUUUCUACAUCAAGCCUGACCAGCAUGCAAAUCUCAUUCGCAAGUUCUAUCCGGAGGAGAUGGGCCCACUAACAAACAUUGAUCCUAUUGGAAAUUCUCCAGUUAUAAUUAAAAAGGAUUUGCUCAACAUAAUCGCACCUACGUGGAUGAACGUCUCCAUAAAAAUGAAAAGUGAUCCGGAGACGGACAAAGCUUUUGGAUGGUUCUUAACGUCUCAUGUUUUCUNGUAUGCAUAUGCUGUUGCCUCUGCUCUGCAUGGUGUGCAGCAUAUUUUGAGGAAAGAAUUCCAGUUGCAGCCCCCGUGGGAUUUGGAAACUGCGAAUAUCUACAUUCUUCACUACACUUAUGCUCUUGAUUACAAUUCCAAGGGGGAGCAAACUUCCGGUAAACCUGGAGUUUGGGGUUUUAAUAAGCGUUUGUAUCUUGAUGGGCCUCCACCUCGAAAUCUGUCUCUGCCGCCUUCAGGUGCUCCCGAAAGUGUGGUGACUUUUGUAAAAAUGAUGAAUGAAGCUACUGCUAACCUUCCAAACUGGGAUGCUACAAAGCAACUUGACAACCAAAAAGAAAUAUAGAAAACAAAUAAAUAGGGAAAGCAGAAACUUUUUGUAUGAACUGAUGGUCUUUAUGAACUUUUGGUUCAUUCAUUUGCAACUUUUAUUGUUGAGUUGCCAUGGAAUUUGAUAUAGGUCGAUUACAGGUAAAUUGUGAGGCGCGAAUAUUCAUUUGCAACUUUUAUUGUUGAGUUGCCAUGGAAUUUGAUAUAGGUUGAUUACAGGUAAAUUGUGAGGCACGAAU